ACACAGGCACAGAACCUGACUGAGGACAAGACUCAGGUCUUCUCUCUCACGGGACCACAGGUUCUCCAAGGAGAGGAAGUCACUCUGUUGGUACAGAUUUGGUGUAGACUGGAUAACGACUGCCAGAAAAACUGAAGUGGUUUGUCCCUCUAUCAGAAAACAACAUCAAGAAGGCACUACUGAACAGGCUGUAGCAAUGGAACAGGUCUCGGCAUCAAUUGGCAACUUUACAGUUGAUCUUUUCAACAAGCUGAAUGAGACCAACAGGGACAAAAACAUUUUCUUUUCCCCUUGGAGCAUAUCAUCUGCUCUCGCCCUGACAUAUCUGGCUGCAAAAGGCAGUACAGCAAGAGAGAUGGCAGAGGUUCUUCAUUUCACUGAAGCUGUGCGAGCUGAAAGCUCUUCUGUGGCCAGACCUUCUCGGGGGAGACCAAAAAGAAGAAGAAUGGACCCUGAGCAUGAGCAAGCUGAAAACAUCCACUCUGGAUUCAAAGAGCUCCUGACAGCCUUCAACAAACCCAGAAACAACUACUCGCUGAGAAGUGCCAACCGUAUCUAUGUGGAAAAAACCUACGCAUUGCUGCCUACAUAUCUACAGCUCAGUAAGAAAUACUAUAAGGCAGAGCCACAGAAGGUUAACUUUAAGACAGCACCGGAACAAUCCAGAAAGGAAAUCAACACCUGGGUGGAAAAACAAACCGAGAGUAAAAUAAAGAAUUUGCUGAGUUCGGAUGAUGUGAAAGCCACCACUAGGUUGAUCUUGGUCAAUGCCAUUUACUUCAAGGCAGAAUGGGAAGUGAAAUUUCAGGCAGAAAAAACAUCUAUACAACCCUUCCGACUGAGCAAGAACAAGUCCAAGCCCGUGAAGAUGAUGUAUAUGAGAGAUACAUUUCCAGUUCUUAUCAUGGAAAAAAUGAACUUCAAAAUGAUUGAGCUUCCAUACGUGAAACGUGAACUCAGUAUGUUCAUCCUACUUCCUGACGACAUCAAAGAUGGUACUACGGGUCUUGAGCAGCUGGAAAGAGAACUCACCUACGAGAGGCUGUCAGAAUGGGCUGAUUCAAAGAUGAUGACAGAAACUCUUGUGGAUCUGCACCUGCCUAAGUUCUCACUGGAGGACAGAAUUGACCUCCGUGAUACUCUGAGAAACAUGGGAAUGACAACUGCCUUCACAACCAAUGCUGAUUUCAGAGGGAUGACUGAUAAGAAGGAUUUGGCUAUUUCCAAAGUCAUUCACCAGUCUUUUGUUGCAGUUGAUGAGAAAGGCACUGAGGCAGCUGCUGCUACAGCUGUAAUUAUAUCAUUCACAACUUCAGUUAUCAAUCAUGUUCUGAAAUUUAAGGUUGAUCACCCUUUCCACUUCUUCAUCAGACAUAACAAAUCCAAAACAAUCCUGUUUUUUGGCAGAUUCUGCUGCCCAGUAGAAUAAAUUAUUCCUCACUCCUAGAGGGAUCCAAAGUUCACUUUUCAAAGGAAAAAAUGUGAACUGUAGUGUUAAAAGCUCAGCCUUCAAUCAUAUAGCCAUAAGUACUGGAAGUCUAUGUCUUUUUCCUUAAGUAAGGCAGCACCCAGACACCACCACGUGCCUCGAAGACUGUCUCUCUACUGCUCCUUUCCAUUAUGCUCAUGAAAUUGCCUUUUAUAGAAAGCAAAUGCUUGAGGUACAAUUGCUAGCCUCUGUUCACCUUGCGUUUUGUCCUUAUUUCUCUAAACUCUCAAGACUGAGGUUGAUAAGUAUCCCAACCAGCAAAAAAGACCAAGAAAACUACAAUGUGCCUUAUUGCUACCUCUUACUGAAAUGUGACCUAAACAAUUCAAAUCUGCUUCCCGUUUUCAUUAACUUAAUUAUAUGUUUCCUGGCUAACAUCUGCACGGUCUCCUUGCUACCUGGAUCAUUGAUAAGUGUAUGAUUUGUAACUUACGAGUGCCUUUCAGCUAAGAUAGUCCCGGUAUUGACAGAAACGCCAGUAACAUUUUUAUGGAUGCUUCACUUCAUUAUUUUGCCAUGAUCUACAUUUAAACAAUAAAUGAAUUUGGAACUGUGUUUAUGCUAUGCAA